AUGGCCUGUGUGCAGCGGGUUGGAAGGAAAGGUCUUGCCCGUGCGUUUUCUUCAUGGAGGCCGAAGGCAGCUCAAUGCAGAGGAUUCUCGGAUGUUCGAGAGGACGGCAAAGUCACUGGACCUAGGUAUUAUCCUUCACUUACGCAGACCCUGCGGAAUACGCGCGGACGAGAGCUGCUACGAAUCGUGGACACAGCGGUGCCAAACCUGCAGAGUGAGCAGGAGUUCCUCGUCAUCCUCAAGGCCUUGGCACUGGAUGGCCAGUUCCGUCGAGCACUUCGCCUGAUGAGGGAGAUGAAAGAUUUGGGCCUGGAGCUCGACAUCGUGAAGUACAACUGGGUUCUCAGCGCCAUGGCAAAGGAUAAGCAGGUAGAGCGAGCCCUGGCCAUGCUGGAUGAGAUGAGAGAGAAAGCUGUAAGUCCUGAUCUACAAAGCUACAACCACUGCGCAGGUGCAUGCAAACCGAAGGAGUGGCAGCACUCGCUCUAUAUACUGCGGAGCCUCAUGCCCGCUGCUGGUAUUCAGGCUGAUGCUCAAAGCUUCGAGCAUGUGGCGGCCGCGUGCGAAGAAGCUCACGAAUGGCAGCGAUCCCUGUCGCUCUUCUUAGAGAUCAGCCAGCAGGGUCUCUUUGCAAGCUCUGUUGGCCACAACUACGCUCUCUCAGCAUGCCGCCAGGGCAAGCAGUGGAAACAUGGCUUUGAAAUCAUGGACGCGAUGAAGCAAAGAAGCUUCGAGCCGGACUUCCGCUUGAAAAUGGAUUUGGAGGCGCAGUCACGAGGCCUGGACCGCGCUCCACCCCCCGAGCCGAGCAGCCGAUCCAUGCCAUCCCCAGAUAACGUCUGGCAGCGGAAGCAGCAGCUGCGAGAGCUGCGGGAGCAAGACAAGCGGCGCCAGGAAGAGCGGCGUUUGGAGGAGGAGCGACAGAAACGACUGCGCGAGGCGCACCAGUCAGAACCCGCAACACCCUCAGCUUCUUCGGCGCAAUCCACCCCACAGACUUCUGAGCAGUCUGCAAAGCCUGCCGCGCGGGAGACUGUACGGGAGGCUGCGCGGGAGACUGUACGACCUUCUGCCAAGGCGGAGAGCUCGUUGAACUUGCCGGAUCCUAAAUUUCGGGCUCAACAUCAAGAUUCGGCGGGACUUGGAGACAUUCCAGUUGCCAAGGCAACACAGGCAUUGCCAGCCAAGACUCAGCAGAGAGCCGAAGGCUCGCGGCAGGAGCGUGAGCGGCGUGAUCCUCCAAGGAGGGAUCCCAAACGGCCAAAGCUACGCUCACCUGGAUCCUACGUUCUUCCAGUCUUCGCGCAGCAUGAUCGCUCAAAUCAUGCAGAGCGGCAAGCACUAAUCAAGGUCAUUGCUCGUGUGCAAGAGGCGUCAGGUGCGAAGACUGAUGCUGAAUUUGAGGCUGAGUGCGCAGAAGUCACCGGUACUGUUCGGCUGUAUGCGUCACACACGCCUUGUAUCUCCUGCAUGGCAUGUUUCUGCCAAUUUCAGCGAUUGUUUCCUAAAGUGAAACUCUGUGUUGACUUUGACGAUUGGCGCGACACACGCCGCAUGGUGGAAAUGGCAAGGAGAGAGGAGGAACACAAGAGGAGGAACUCCACUCCUCCAAACUAUGACUGCCCAGGCUUGUCCGACAUGUCAGAUGAGGAGGAGCCAGAGGACCUCAAUCCAGCAGCAUCAAUGACCAUGUAA